UUUGAGAACGGCGCGAGUGCAACUGUGAUUCUUCUGUCAUGCUCUGCCUCUGUUCUACAGGGGUGCAGCUCAUGGAAGAGAAGAGUCCCUCUCUGGCCCCAUGAUUUCCACUUCUGGAGACUGCAGGCUGACGCUCCCAUUUGACAGAAGGAGGAAAGAUCAACUUGUCUUUCCUGCGUCGUAUAAUACAGAGAGUGAACCUUUGUAUCGACCUGUUAUGUGACUUUCCUUUGAUUCGAUAAAUGUUUAAUAGUUCGGGCGGAGUCCUCGCGGGAGUGUACAUGUGGCUGCCGUCCAAAUAAACCGUAUGUGUCGGGUUUUUCAUUUACAGCCUCACUUUGACUGGUUCCAGGUCAGUUUCUGGUGGAAGUUGACCGUGUGGUAGUGGCUAUUUACUCUCUCCGUGUUUCAGCCGUGCACGAUCCGAUCGCACUCCUCCGUACGACCUAUCUCUGCAAGAGGUCCUGUCGUCAUGGCGUUGGUGAUCCGCCGGUAUCGUCCAUCCGACAAAGACACGGUGCUCACCUUGUUUAGUACUUGCACCCGGGAGCACAUAAGCCCAUGUUUUUUCAAUGCCAUGAAAAGCUUUUACCACUUCUCCGUCAUUGUGGCUCUGCUCAAUGCUGGAUAUCACCUGGGCUCUGUGUUUGCAGCUGUGCUGUUACCAGCAGCGUGGACGGGCCUUGUCUACUUCAGCUGCUACAUACACUACGAUGGCUUCGUCAGACUGAAACUGAAUUCAGACAUGGCUGACAUCGUCGGGAGCUUUUUGAGCAGACCCGAUGACUGCUUCUGGGUGGCAGAGGUUGAGGGAAAGGGACAGGUCGUUGGUAUGGUUGCUGUGGUGGCGAAACAGAGCGGGAAAGAGCGAUACGGAGAACUUUUCAGAAUGAUCAUCGCUCCAGAGUUCAGACGGGCGGGCCUCGGUUCCAGGUUAACUGAGACUGUGCUGGCCUUCAGUAAGGAACGAGGUUUCUCCAAAGUGAUGCUGGACACGAGCAGCACCCAGCAGCCUGCUGUGGCUCUGUACAAGAAAUUAGGCUUUCGGCUUGUCCUUGAACGUCCUGAUUGGACUGUCUGGAUGUCCAGGAUCAAGAUUUUAAGAAUGGAAAAACACUUGUAAGAGUAAAGAAAACCUGAUCAGUUUUUGUGAUGUCUCUGUUCUGCUGGUCUAGCUGUGAUUUCCACAUUCAACAGUAAUGUUUAGCUUUAAUAAAUAUUCUGUUUUGAUUUCAGGAAGUACCAAUCCAAUCUGGUGCCGUCAACAUCUGCUUAUAUCUGUCAAUCCAAAUUAUAUCACAAUGAUGGUGACUCGUUACUUUGAAACUGUUUUAAAAUGCCAUAACAACCAUAUCAGACGGCUACUCUCCAGCAGAUCCUGUGGUGGAAAAAAUUCCAUUACUUACUAGACAAAAGUGAACAUAAACAUUGAACCCCUCCCUGCAAUGGUAAAGUGAAACAUUUCACUCAGAAAUCAACAAUUUGAGGAAUUCAAACCUUAUAACUCCAUUUAGAUGCUGAAGAGAGGGUGUUACUGAUUUAACUUGCUGAGCAAGUGGUUUCAGUAAUAUAGAGUAAAAAUUGAUAGGCCGAAUAUAAAACUCCAUUCAAGGAAAUGCAAAUGGAUUUUGAAGAACCUCUGAAUAAUUGUUUCAAUUUUCAAGUUGUUGAAAUAAUGUAUCAUGAUUGUUUUGCUGCAAUAAGUUAUUUUCCAACGUGACACUACAGCAAUUAAACUGAAUAUUAUCUGAUGCAACACUGCGUCUCCCUUUGCCCGCACUCCUGUACUCUGAACCAUAUGAAGCAAUGAAGGUGCAAUGAACAGGUGCAAUGAAAUCAGCAAAAAAGAGUCUGGUUAACGGUUGUACAUACUCAGACUCAUGGGGGCAUGGAAAUUUAAUCCAGAAGCAUGCAAGCAAAUGGAACUAUGUACUGUAUUUUUAGGCCAGGUGAAGAUCAUUGUGCAGCCUUUAACCUUAAAGUGUUUGAACAUUUGAUUUGUUUACAAUGUUAAAUGGCUUAUUAUUGAACAGAAAAUGAUGCGUUUCCUGCUAUAAAAGACCUGUUUUCCCUCUGCAGUGAAUGUUAUGAAGAAAGUGUCUCUCCACAGACUGUUUCAUUUGGAACAAGCUGCAUUUAACUCCACAAACACUGCUGUAAACAUCACAAACAUUGAUUGCCAUUACUGAGGAAACUUGACAGGUGACUAAGAUGCAUGUCAGAAUUGACAUUUUCUUUGUUUUAACAAUGCUGAUGUCCUGAAUAA